AUGGCAACAGCGACAACUCAUUAUGGUGGUAUCAAGCCAUUCUUCGUCCAAAAGAUCCAAGAUACUCAGUUGAAGAUCGAGCAAAAGACACACAAUUUACGCAGAUUGGAGGCCGAAAGAAACAUUCUUAAUACGACUGUCAGAUCUUUGAAAGAUGAAUUGAAGUUAUUGCAAGAACCAAGCUCGUACGUCGGUGAAGUUGUGAAAGUCAUGUCAUCUAACCAAGUUUUGGUAAAGAUCCAUCCAGAAGGCAAAUACGUCGUCAAUAUCUCUAGCACCAUAAAUAUCAAGGAUAUCAAGCCAUCUUUGAGAGUUUGUCUUAAAUCAGAUUCGUACACUUUACAUCAAAUUUUACCAAAUAAAGUCGAUCCAUUGGUGUCAUUAAUGAUGGUGGAAAAAGUCCCAGAUUCCACCUAUGACAUGAUUGGUGGUUUGGACAAGCAAAUCAAAGAAAUCAAAGAAGUUAUUGAAUUGCCAGUGAAGCAUCCGGAAUUGUUUGACUCUUUGGGUAUCCAACAACCAAAAGGUGUGAUCUUGUACGGGCCACCAGGAACUGGUAAGACUUUGUUGGCGAGAGCCGUCGCCCAUCACACCGAAUGUAAAUUUAUCAGAGUAAGUGGUUCGGAAUUGGUGCAAAAAUACAUUGGUGAAGGGUCCAGAAUGGUUAGAGAGUUAUUUAUAAUGGCCAGAGAACACGCGCCAUCCAUUAUCUUUAUGGAUGAAAUCGAUUCUAUCGGUUCAUCAAGAGUCGAAGGCGGUGGCUCAGGGGGUGGUGAUUCCGAAGUCCAAAGAACUAUGUUGGAAUUGCUUAAUCAAUUGGAUGGGUUUGAAUCGUCAAAAAACAUCAAGAUAAUAAUGGCCACCAAUAGAUUGGAUAUUUUGGAUCCAGCGUUGUUGCGUCCUGGUAGAAUCGAUAGAAAAAUCGAAUUCCCUCCACCGACCGUCACUGCCAGAACUGAUAUUUUGAAAAUUCACUCAAGAUCAAUGAAUUUGACCAGGGGAAUAAACUUGAGAAAGAUUGCGGAAAGAAUGAAUGGUUGUUCUGGUGCUGAUGUUAAGGGUGUUUGUACCGAAGCCGGUAUGUACGCUCUUAGAGAAAGAAGAAUCCAUGUUACUCAAGAAGAUUUUGAAUUAGCUGUGGCUAAAGUUAUGGCAAGACAUGAUGAUAAUACUGCCGUCUCAUUGGCUAAAUUAUUCAAGUAG